AUGGCACGGUCGGUUCCGGCCGGUUCCAGUCAUUUCCCGGCCGUUUUCUGCAAACUUCGAGCUGGAAACGGUCAGGAACUGAUCGGAUAUUUCCUGUGCAAUUCCGGUCGGAAUCCGGCGGCAAGGAACCUGCCGGAACUUGCUGGAAUCGGCGAAAACUGUGCCGGAAUCGAGAAGAGCUGUACCGAAACCGACUCAGAUUUCAACGGAUCCAGUCGCCGGAAUGAUCGACCUGAGCACGUUCUUGUCUCGUAA